UUGGCCUUUCUUUAACAAACACUACAAUGGCCAAGCUUCAACAACUCCUCAUCACACUCUUUUGCAUUCUCUUCCUACUCCCAUCUUCGGUUUUUGGAGAGUGCACUUGUGAUGAGGAGGAUGAAGUAGAAGACAAGUCCCAAGCUCUCAAAUAUAAAAUAGCUGCUUUUGUUUCCAUACUUCUAGCGAGUGCACUUGGGGUUUGUAUUCCAUUACUUGGAAGGACAGUACCAGCUUUGCGACCCGAGAAGGAAAUCUUCUUCCUAAUCAAGGCUUUUGCUGCCGGUGUGAUAUUGUCAACUGGGUUCAUCCAUGUACUUCCCGAUGCUUUCGAGAACUUGACGUCGCCAUGUCUGAAUGAGAGCCCGUGGCAGGAUUUUCCAUUCACGGGAUUCGUGGCGAUGAUGAGUGCAAUUGGAACUUUAAUGGUUGAUAGCAUUGCGACUUCUUAUUACAAGAAGUCUCAAUCGGACAAGGUUCAGCAGGAGAUUGGAGAUUCGGAGAAGGAAGGAGGACAGGAGGGUCCCUUACACGUUGAUACACAUACAACUCAUGGUCAUUCUCAUGGUUCAGCUACUUUGCUUCUCAAUUCGGCUACAUCAGACCUUAUGAGGCAUCGUGUCAUAACGCAGGUUUUGGAGUUGGGGAUUGUGGUACAUUCAGUCAUAAUUGGAAUUUCUGUGGGUACUUCUAUGAAUCCCGAAACAAUAAAGCCUCUUGUAGGUGCAUUGACCUUCCAUCAGUUUUUUGAGGGCAUGGGACUUGGUGGAUGCAUCGCUCAGGCAAAAUUCAAGAGCAAAGCUGUUGCAAUUAUGUCACUAUUCUUCUCCCUUACAACCCCAAUUGGGAUUGUAAUUGGACUAGCAAUAUCUAGUGUUUACAGUGAGAGCAGCCCAACUGCUCUAAUAGUUCAAGGGAUUUUUGAUUCGGCAUCAGCUGGGAUCUUAAUCUAUAUGGCGCUUGUGGAUCUUCUUGCGGCGGAUUUUAUGAGCGAAAGGAUGCAAAACAAUGGAAGGCUUCAAAUAGGAGCAAACGUAGCACUUCUUCUUGGGACUGGUCUUAUGACUCUCUUAGCCAAAUGGGCUUGAUGUUGUCUUAAUGUCCUGUGAAAUAUAGUGUAAUACCUUUGUAUAACCGUGAGUAAUGAUCUCAAUCCUUCUCAAUUUCCUGCGAAUAUAAAAUUUUGCCAUAGGUUCUCAUUAAGAUAAGGUCACAUCAAGCUCUUGAAACCAUCUGGAAGUACAUGAAUGGAAUUUUGAUAGAUAAUAUCACAUCACACCGUCAACAAAGGCCUUGAUCAUGAAUAAGAUGUCCUUCUAGUUCUUGGGACGUAAUAGCAGCAAGUUUAUUUGUGA